CGCGUGGCCGGCGUCGUCGUGUGUCCGACGCCGGCAGCGGCGCUCGUUGUGGUAGUACAGUCGCAAAGCUGCAAGGGCGUCGUAGUCACCUUUGCGUCUCCGUUUGCAACGCGCAGGAAGUUAGCACGGCUCGUGCCGUCCGUCCUGCUGACAGUUCCGUGCCGGCUUUUGCGAACGGCCCUGCACGUUGCAGGUAUACGAAAACGCAGUGAUACGGAGGCGAGCUGUAGGUGGGAGUGAUGAGAACCGCCUACGGUGCCGUGCUCCUGCCCGUGAUGGUUGGCGCAAUGGCACGCGAGCAGUUCCUGCUGCUGCGACGUAGAAGAGACGCUACGACGACUAAGACCACGCAACAAGAAGGCAGCACCGAGCCUCGGAACGUGAUGCAUAUCCAGGAAGGCGACGUCGUCUCGUUCACCUGCGCGGCUGCGAGCCACGAGCCGAUGGCCAUCGAGUGGCGACACAACGGCAGCCUCGUCCAGCACCCGCCGGGCGACGAGAGGAACUCUUCGAAGUCGUCGCUUCGCGUGUGGCACGCGCCCCUAAGUUCAAUGUCCGGGGCGACGCUGACGCGCAGCCGGCUUCGGCUGACCAACGUCUCGGCGAACCACACCGGCGAGUACACCUGUCACUUCAGCGACACCCUGGGAACGCUUACACGCAGCAGCCAUCUCGUCGUACAGCCCAAAACAUCUACCGGAUCUGAGGCUGAAGACAGCCCAUGUGGGCCUGAUAGGCAAUGCUCAGAGAAAGGCAAGGCGUGCGAUGGCAAGGGCCCCUGCCAAUGUCCCGAUGGUUCGAUCUCGAAAGAAGGACAGUGCCGAGCAGUUUACAACGGUCCACAUUUAGCGAGCAUCCUGGCCUGGGUCUCGAGCGCUGCUGCAGCGGCCGUCCUACUCGCGGCGCUCGCUGUGCUGGCAGCGCGAAGAAUACGCAGGACGGCUGGAUCCACGCUUCUCGAGAGUACCCAAGACGACGACGGUUUGGAGGAGCAAAAUGUCUCGAGGAGGAGCUCCUUCAUCACCAUGACGUUACCAGCAUGCUCUCAGCUAGCAUAACCAAUAUGUCUAACCACUUGUUCACGUUUCUUACGUGGUAUUGCGUGUAGCGGAACUCCGUUUAAUUCAAUGCACUGGUGACAAUCAACUUCUAGGAAGUCUUGUUGCAUUUAUAUCGCCUGUUAACACACUUAACUUAAACAUGACAUGACUGAAUACCAAUGCGUAAGAUUAUAUACAAAGACUGAAAGCGAGACGAGCUUUUACAACAGUGCGGUCGGUCUAACAGAGCAAGAAAGAGGAAAGCAGAGCACAAGGGUACGGGAUAAGCACUAAUCAUAAUGAUGAUGACGAUACCUUUUCAA